AAAAGGCAAUCAAAAUCGGCGGCACGAAAAGAUACCAGAAAUCGACAAUAUUUUUCUCUUUUAGAAAUACUAAAAAGUUAGCUUUAUUAUAAUAAUGAUUAAUAAUCAGAUUUUCAAACCCAAAAUUUUUAUAGAAAAUAUGAUUUUAUUUCCAAAUAAAACCCUCUAAUUAACUUUAUUCUAUGUAUUAUAUUAAAUAAAUUUAAAGAUGAAAUUGCACACUAAUUUUUCCAUUAACACCAACAACAAUAAAUUCCAUUCUUCACUAACCCUUCUUCUUCCUCUCCCAUACCCACUUCCCCAAUUCAUCAAACUUUCAUUUCUCUCCACAGUUUCAUAAUCUUUCAUUUGGGUGUUUUAUAGACCUAUUUUUGCAUGGAUUCAUGGGGAUUAAAUUAUCUAGAAGGGGGCUUAACAAUGACGAAUUCGCAAGGAAGAAGAGGGUUGGAUUUAGACUUGGAUCUUAACUAUCCUCUACCUCCUCAAAUGAGGGCACUUGAUUUAUCACUUGCGUUGUCCAGUCAUAAUACUAGUCAUUCUCGACAUAUUCAAGCUACAAAUGCUGCGGUCGAGGCUCUCGAUGAUGACGAAGUUGCUAUAAUUUCUCCAAGGACAUUUGCUGAGGCCAGAGAAACUUCGGAAAGAAACCAUACUCAUGGAAAGCAUGCUACUGGGAUUCCUAGGGGAAGCUCAGCUGCGGACACCUUGUGCACCAACUGCAAAGCAAGAAUGCCCAAUGAGCGCCAGCCAUACUUGAAACCAGGAACGAGCGACAAGAAGGAACGGACUAUUUCCGUGAUUCAAGAAUCACCUCAGCCUGUCGCAUUGCAUGAGGAAUCUAUCUUUAGCUGUCCAGUAUGCAUGGGCUCUUUAAUAGAACCGACGUCAACAAGGUGCGGCCACAUCUUCUGCAAGGAGUGCCUUCAGCGAUCGCUAAAAUCGUUACAGAACAAAUGUCCGACCUGCAGACAAAAAGUCGGAAAGCGAGGCAUCUUUAGGGUUUAUCUUCCCUCAAUCAAUUAAAUGAAAUUUGAGUUCGCGAGCUGGUAAAGCCCUCGCAUUACCUAGGCAUUAUUUAGGUGGAUAUCACCUUUUCGGGUAGAUACCUGCCUCCAGUGAAUUAGCUGAUAGUCUGGCUGACCGAUGAGAUCUAGUUCUAGUUCUAUUUUUAGGCAAGUCAUGCCUUUGUAUGAAUGAAGAUGGGGCACAUAGGAGCCAGGAAAAAUUUCUUUUGAUUUAAAAAGUUAAUUUAUCUCAUUCCCUUGAUUAGUUGAUUAAAGUGUUGUACCAAUUUUGAUCAUGGUAUCAUGUACAUAAUUUGAUUGAUUGAUUAAUGAGUAUAAUAGAAUCAGCCCAUGCAAUUCAUUA